AUGGCCCUUCCAUCAGCCCAGCAUCACCACAUCGUCUUCCUGCAGGGAGCGGCGGUCCCCGUACCCCAGUUCAACCUCCCCGCACCAUUCACCUACUCGCAGACUGUUCACGCUUGGACAACCCCUGCCGAGGUUGCAGAGCGCGUUCGAGAUGCAUCUAUUCUCGUUCUAUCUGCCGUCCGAAUUGACGCCACUACACUCUCAGCCGAGAACAGCCCGCAUCUCAAGCUCAUCGCCAUGGUCGCUACGGGCUACGACUGCGUGGAUCUUGAAGCAUGCCGGAAAAGAGGAAUCGUUGUCUGCAAUUGUCCCAAUUCCAAUAUCGAGGCUGUGUCCGAGCACGCAAUAGGAUUGUACUUUGCUACGCGGCGAAGAUAUCUGGACAUGCACCUGUCAACGAGAGCAGGGAACUGGAAGAAGCACGGAUUGCUGAUGUUUGAUUAUCUUGAUAAGGAUGGGACUCCGCCUUUGACUUGCCAGGACGAAGUUGCUGGCAUUAUUGGAAACGGAAGCGUUGGAAAAAGAAUCGCCACAAUGGCACGUAAUCUAGGAAUGAAGGUCCUGGUAUCCGAUCGCAAGGUAUCAAGUGCUGAUACCUCAGACCCUUCAAGGGUUCCGUUUGACUCGGUCAUCAAGCAAAGCACGGUACUUUUCGUCGCUGUGCCGCUUACCGACUCAACUCGGAAUUUUAUCUCGACGCCGGAAUUUGAAUCCAUGUCCUCGCAUGCCUUGGUGAUCAACGUUUCCCGAGGUGGCACUGUGGACGAAGAGGCCCUCGUCCAGGCAUUGCGCGAGCGCAGAAUCUCGGGGGCAGCCACAGACGUAUUCAAAGAGGAGCCUGCAGGUCCUGGAACCACGCCCUUACUCGCGGAAUAUGCUGGGGAUCUUAACAUUAUUGCCACACCGCAUCUUGCUUGGCUGUCCCAGAGAACCUCCGUCAACUACGCGAUGAAUUUAAAAAAGGCGGUUGAAGCUUGGACAUCAGGGCAACCUAUCAAUGUCGUGGCCUGA